AUGGGACAACGGAUUGUGGUCAGCGAUGUCAAUGAAUCCAUUCACUUUCUUCGUUACAAAAAACAUGUAUGUCUAAUUCUUCAAAGAAAUAUACGUUAAUUUAUAGGAUAAUCAACUGGUGGUCUUUGCGGAUGAAACGGUGCCGCGUUAUGUAACUUCUACUUGUAUCCUUGAUUACGAUACAGUAGCCAUUGCAGAUAAGUUUGGAAGCAUUGCAAUUGUAAGUUGCUAUUUAUGAGGUUUGGUUAAUUAACGCUUUCAGGUGAGAUUGCCGAAGGAUGUAAUCGAAGAAGUACAAGAAGAUCCAACUGGUGUAAAAGCGCUUUGGGAUCGAGGAAAUCUUAACGGCGCCUCUCAGAAGGUUGAAUAUUUGGCCAACUUUUAUGUGGGUGACAUGGUCACUACACUUCAGAAGACCAGUCUUGUGCCUGGAGCUGACGAUGCAUUGCUGUAUACAACAAUUGGAGGAGGUGUGGGGAUGCUUGUGCCUUUUCUCUCAAGAGAUGUAAGUGUCAUUCACGAGUCAAAGAAAGGGAUUCUUUAGGAAUUUGAAUUCUUCCAAACGAUCGAAAUGCAUAUGAGAGUCGAGUUCCCGCCAUUGUGUGGCCGAGAUCAUCUGGCAUAUCGAUCGUAUUAUGCACCUGUAAAAUCAGUUGUGGAUGGUGAUCUUUGUGAACAAUUUAGCAUGUUGUGUGCAGAGAAACAACGGGAAAUCGCACAUGCCUUCGACAGACCGGCAGCUUUUAUACUUCGAAAACUGGAGGAUCUCAGGACUAGGCACGCCUUCUAA